UUGAAACCCUAACCCGUUGUGUAGUUAGGGUUUCGGUUUCGGUUUCCUGUCAACUGUAAUUGUAUUGAUUUCUAUUUGUUCUUCUUGACUCUUUUGAACAAAUGGAGGGGUUACAAAAUCUAGUUCGAACGAUUUCAAAAGAUUCCAAAUCAGUUUCUUCUUCGUUGCCCGAUAAUCCGUUCAAAUUCAGCGGGAAAGACAUGCCUGCCACUGUAUCUGCUUCUGAUCAGUCUAGUGCCGUGGUCACUAGGCCUCCCAGGCAAGUGGUUUCGAUGUGGACAUGCUCAAAGCUGUGUGUGAUUUUCUUUGCAGCUGGUGUUGUUGUUGGUUAUACGCUGAAGCGACGUGUUCGACGCUGGGCUGCUAAACUGCUCAGGAGAUUGAAAGAUGAUUGAAGCCACCUAACCCCACCCCACACCCCCCCCCCCCCCUUGUGCUCCAUGCAACAAGGAAGCUGCCGUCUUUUGAGGAAUAUUAAUCAAGUCAUUUCUACUUAGAACUUGUGAAAUGGAAGAACUUCGUCAAGCAAUGGCAUUAUCUAUCCAACGUAAGAUUCACUUGUUGCAUUUAAAUCUUUGGGUGACAUAUGUGGUCUUUCUAUGUAACUGUUAAUCUACAAAGAAUGUUGAAUAUUGCCUUUUUUUGGACGAAUGGGGAAUAUUUAAUACAUUAAAGAAGGAGAAGUAGAUGUCUAAUGUGCAUGCUGAAUAUUGUUUUGAAAGGAAUUUUAAGUUCUUAGUUUUAUUAAGAGUUUUGAAACACUGUUUUCUUUUUUAGCAUUUGUUCGCUUCAAAUUUCUCUUAGCUGAUGAAGCUGCCACAAUUUGACCUCCCUGU